UAUGGCAGCAUCGUAGGAACCGCAUGAAAGAGAGAAGAUUUCUGUGUUUGUCGAUUAUAAUUCUUUUCUGAUUGUUUAUUUUUAAAUACAAACAUGGCUAGUGUAUCUUAUCAUAUCGCGAAUUUACUUGAAAAGAUGACAUCAAGUGAUAAAGAUUUUCGAUUUAUGGCUACAAAUGACCUCAUGGUUGAGUUGCAGAAAGAUUCUAUAAAGCUUGAUGAUGACAGUGAGCGCAAGGUUGUGAAAAUGCUUUUAAAAUUAUUAGAAGAUAAAAAUGGUGAAGUUCAGAAUUUAGCUGUGAAAUGUCUUGGGCCAUUAGUAAACAAAGUAAAAGAAUAUCAAGUAGAAACAAUUGUGGAUACAUUAUGUAAUAAUAUGGUAUCUGAAAAGGAACAGCUUAGAGAUAUAUCUAGUAUAGGCUUAAAAACAGUUAUUAGUGAAUUACCUCCAACUUCGACUCAGUUAGUCUCAAGCAUAUGUAAGAAAAUCACUGGAAGAUUAAGUAAUGCUAUUUCAAAGCAAGAAGAUGUUUCAGUACAACUUGAAGCUUUAGACAUUCUUAGUGACUUACUAAGUAGAUUUGGAGGGUUAUUGAUAAGUUUUCACCUGUCAAUUCAAGAAGCACUUUUGCCUCAAUUAGCAAGUCCAAGACUAGCUGUACGGAAAAGAUCCAUAACUGCUAUUGGUUACCUUGUGAUGAGUUGCAGUCAAAAUCUUUUUAAUAAACUGAUUGAUGUUCUUCUGGAAGAACUGAGUCAGAACAACAAUACUUCAACCACAAGGACUCAUAUUCAAGCAAUAGCAGCCAUAAGCCGACAAGCAGGACAUCGUUUUGGUGAACAUUUAGAAAGAGUGAUGCCCAUUGUUGUUCAAUAUUGUGCUGUUGAUGAUGAUGAAUUACGAGAAUAUUGUCUGCAUGCUUUUGAAUCAUUUGUCCGCCGUUGUCCCAAAGAAAUAUCUCCUCAUGUCUCCACAAUAGUGAAAAUAUGCCUUAAAUAUCUUUGUUAUGAUCCAAAUUACAAUUAUGAUGAUGAUGAUGUAACUGAUAGUAUGGAAAUGGAAAGAUGUGAUGAUGAAGAUGGGGAAAGUGAAGAUGAGUACAGUGAUGAUGAUGAUAUGAGUUGGAAAGUUCGGAGAGCCUCAGCAAAAUGCCUGGAAGCAGUCAUUUCCACACGACAUGAAAUGCUGCUGGAGUUUUACAAAGUCAUUUCUCCUGUUUUAAUUUCCCGAUUUAAAGAACGGGAAGAAAAUGUAAAAGUUGACAUCUUCCAUGCCUAUACAGCACUUUUAAGACAGACACGCCCUUCAGUCACAGCUGGUGUACUUGAUGCUGAUUCUAUGGAUCAUGAAGAAGGGCCUGUUAGCUUGCUAAAACAACAGACAUCUAAUAUAAUUCGUGCUCUUCACCGUCAGCUGAAAGAAAAAAGCAUAAAAACACGCCAAGGAUGUUUCUUUGUGUUGACAGAACUUGUAACUGUUCUUCCAGGUGCACUUUCAGAGCAUAUGCCAGCUCUUAUUCCAGGAAUACAGUUUUCUUUAGGGGAUAAAAACUCAAGUUCAAACAUGAAAAUUGACACAUUAACAUUUUUGAAUUGUUUACUUACUCACCAUCCACCUGAAGUUUUCCAUCCUCAUAUUGAAGCUCUUGUACCAUCUAUUGUUCAUGCUGUUGGUGAUGUUUUCUAUAAAAUCACAUCAGAAGCACUUCUUGUUUUGCAACAACUUGUGAAAGUUAUUAGACCUCUUGAUCAGCCUUCAGUAUUUGAUUUUGCUCCUUUUGUUCCUCAUCUUUAUGAAUGCACAUUAGUGCGACUGAGAGCAGCUGAUAUUGAUCAAGAAGUUAAGGAGAGAGCAAUAGCAUGCAUGGGUCAGAUAAUUUGCAAUCUUGGUGAUCAUCUAACAGCAGAGCUUCAAGUUUGCCUUCCUAUUUUCUUAGACCGUUUGAGGAACGAAAUCACUCGACUAACAACUGUAAAAGCUCUGACUAAAGUUGCUGGUUCUCCUCUUAGAAUAAAUCUGAAGCCAAUUUUGGCAGAAUCAAUGCCUAUUUUGGCAUCUUUCCUUCGUAAAAAUCACAGAGCUUUGAAACUAAGUACUCUUACACUUUUGGACACACUUGUUAAAAAUUAUAGUAAGUAUUUUAAUUAUUAA